AUAAAUAUUUAUAAGAUGAUUUGCGGAGAACUGAUGGAUGGCAUAAACAUCGCAGAUGAUGUCCCGGUGAUAACCGCUGAGCUGCUUUACACCUCGCACGAGUCGUCGCCAAAGACCUUAAAAUCAAGAACGAUGUUAGGAACAGAGCUGUUGCCGGAGUUCCCAAGCGUCUUGUUGUUUGUUCUUCUGGCGUUUUACUCAUUGUGGUGGUUGUCAACCCGACGGCCAGUAGGAGUGCCUCCAGGACCCGGCUUGGCUCUUCCGGUGCUGGGUCAUCUGCAUCUUCUGAGAUCCGAUCUACGUGAGAUAUUCGCUGCGUGGCGGCGACAGUACGGUGACGUGUUCAGUCUGUACAUGGGCAGCCGCCUGGUGGUGGUGCUCAACGGUUACAAUAUCAUUAAGGACGCGCUGAUCAAACACGCCGACAUCUUCUCCGACAGGCCAUGCAUUGACUUCUUUGAAAGCAUUCAUAGCAAAGGUAUACUCAACAGUUCUGGUCCUCUAUGGAAAGCUCAGAGAAAGACGACAUUAGAGAUUUUACGAGAAUUCGGCAUGGGCAAGAACAUUCUGGCUGAAAAGAUCCAUGAGGAGGUCAAGCAGUAUCUUAAGGCCCUCGCCGAAAAGAAAGGUCAGCCCCAGGACAUAACUCAAACGACUGAGAUCACCGUGUCUAACAACAUCUGCUCCAUCGUCUUUGGCAAACGUUUUCAUUACGAAGACCCUGUUUUUAAACGAUACAUGGAAGCUAUAGAAGAAACUGUUCUUGCGAUAGGUGCGGCGUCACUCGUUCGACACUUAGGUGACCUGCGUUUCAUUCCUGGUGAUCCGUUUGGAGUCAAAAAGAUUUUUGAACACCUUACCAUGGUUCUAAACACACUUGUAAAACCCUUUAUCGACCAACACAUCCAGGACUACGAUGAGAAGCCUGUACACGAUUUUAUCAGCGCUUACCUCAGGGAGAUAAGACAAGUGCAGAAUAAACCAUCGGCUGAGUUUAUCAAUGAGGUAAACUUGCAAAAAGUUAUUAUUGACUUGUUCGCGGCGGGAACGGAGACGACGUCGACAACUAUCCGCUGGACCAUCGCCUACUUCCUUCACCACCCGGAAGUGCAGGACAAGUGUUACGAGGAGAUCCACAGAGUUAUCGGGACUGAGCGAGCGCCAUCUAUACAAGACAGGCCAGACCUUCUCUACCUGGAGGCCACCAUGUGGGAGGUCAUGCGCUAUUCUAGCAUCGUUCCUUUUAGCGCUCCACACAGCACCGCGUGUGAUGUAGAAUUUAGCGGAUACAACAUCCCAAAGGGCACCUUAAUCAUGCCCAAUCUCUACUCUGUCCUACACGCCCCAGAGACCUGGGGAGAUCCCGAAAAUUUUCGUCCCGAGAGGUUCAUCGGAGAAGAUGGCAAACUGCUGCGCUUUGAGGAACUCAUUCCAUUUUCUAUCGGACGACGAGUGUGUCUGGGUGAAGCGCUGGCAAGAAUGGAGCUGUUCUUGUACCUGGCCUCCAUGAUACAGCGCUUCCGCUUCCUGCCACCGGAAACCGGAGAACUGCCAUCUUUGAAGGGAAAUCUUGGCGUUGUGGAUGUUCCUAAACACUACAAGGUUCGAGCUGUUCCCAGGGAAUGACACAGCAGCACGAGAGCCUAACUUGGCAGGAAAAACAUCCACAAUUACUUUGGAACCAAUCAACAAAUAAGAGAUAGGAAUAAUAAGUUUAUGAUAAAAGAAAGGGCUCGGUGGGUGUUAAGAACUACACUGUAACAAAACGAAUUUCCUAAAUAAUAAUUUAGUAAAUCUGUUUAUUGCGUACAAAAUGUCAAGUAUUAAAAACAAUCGUUUUGGGUGAGGACUUAUGUAUCGAUAUCAAAGGAAUUGGAAGGUGACUUCUUUCAAAGAAUUAUGUACGAUUUUGUCAAACACCACAAUAGGGCAUCUUUUAAUUCACUUCAAUUUACCUAUGCUUGACUAUAUUUUAAAACUGAUCUAAAAUAUAUUUUUAUAAAAUAUAGUUUCUGUACGUAAUAAAAGUAUCAUUGUUUGUGGAUCUUACAUUGAUAGAUAGCAUUACUUUGAUUUCUGAAAUAUUUUAAGGAGUAACUUUUGUUCUUGCCUCAUUAAAAAAUUUAAAAUAG